AUGAUGAGAGAAAUCGUCCACUUACAAACCGGCCAGUGCGGCAACCAAAUAGGUGCUAAAUUUUGGGAAGUUAUAUCAGAUGAGCAUGGUAUUGACUAUUCUGGAACCUAUACUGGCGACUCUGACCUUCAGUUAGAAAGAAUCUCCGUAUACUAUAAUGAGGCUACUGGUGGUAAAUAUGUACCACGUGCUGUUCUCGUUGACCUUGAGCCUGGUACCAUGGAUUCUGUUCGUGCUGGUCCUUUUGGACAACUUUUUCGCCCAGAUAAUUUUGUUUUUGGCCAAAGUGGCGCCGGUAACAAUUGGGCAAAAGGCCAUUACACCGAAGGCGCUGAACUUGUAGAUUCUGUAUUAGACGUUGUCCGUAAAGAAGCAGAAUCUUGUGACUGUUUACAAGGUUUCCAAAUUACUCAUUCUCUUGGUGGAGGUACUGGCGCUGGUAUGGGCACCUUGCUCAUCUCAAAAAUUCGCGAAGAAUAUCCAGACCGUAUGAUGUGCACAUUCUCAGUAGUUCCUUCACCAAAGGUAUCUGAUACUGUCGUUGAACCAUACAAUGCUACAUUGUCAGUACAUCAAUUGGUCGAAAAUUCUGAUGAAACCUUUUGUAUCGACAACGAGGCCUUGUAUGACAUUUGCUUCCGUACAUUGAAAUUGAGCACCCCAACUUAUGGUGAUCUCAAUCAUUUAGUAUCUGCUGUUAUGAGCGGCAUUACUACAUGUUUACGAUUCCCUGGUCAAUUGAAUGCUGAUUUGAGAAAACUAGCCGUAAAUAUGGUUCCUUUCCCACGUCUCCAUUUCUUCAUGGUCGGAUUUGCUCCAUUGACUUCCCGUGGGUCUCAAGGCUAUCGUUCCUUAAGUGUUCCAGAAUUAACCCAGCAAAUGUUUGAUGCCAAGAACAUGAUGGCUGCUUCAGAUCCUCGUCAUGGCCGUUAUUUGACUGUUGCUGCUAUGUUUAGAGGUCGGUGUUCAAUGAAGGAAGUAGAUGAUCAAAUGUUAUCUGUCCAAACAAAGAACAGUUCGUAUUUUGUUGAAUGGAUACCUAAUAAUGUUAAGACUGCCGUUUGUGACAUUCCACCAAAGGGUCUUAAGAUGUCAGUUACUUUCAUCGGCAAUUCAACAUCGAUUCAAGAACUCUUCAAACGCAUCAGUGAUCAGUUCACUGCUAUGUUUAGGCGUAAGGCUUUCUUGCAUUGGUACACAGGAGAGGGUAUGGACGAAAUGGAAUUUACUGAAGCCGAAUCUAAUAUGAAUGAUCUGGUAUCUGAAUACCAACAAUAUCAAGAAGCUACAAUUGAAGAAGAGGAUGGGGAAUAUGAAGAAGAUUUAGAUCAAGACGCUGAUGUCUAA